UGGAUAACAGUUUAACGUAGUUAGUCUACGAUUGCGACUGUGCAAUGUGAGUUAUACAAUUUCUAUAUGAAUUAUUUAAAAUGAGGAGUGUACUAUAAAGAAAGUUCAGUUUUCAGACCAAGGAACAAACAGUGCAAUCAGAUUAUUGGUGAGAAUCGUUGCAAGUGUGAAUUUUAAUACUCAGGCUUCACAGUGAUCGAACCAGAUGAAUCUUAUCGCGACAUGCUUCGUUCUCGGUCUUGCCGGGGGGGGAGAAGGUGCCCGUAUUUUGGGACUUUUUCCUAUCCCUGGAAAAUCUCAUCUCUUGGUAACUUCGCCCCUGAUGCAUGCCCUUGCAAAAAAAGGACAUGACGUUACGGUGUUUGUGCCGUUUCACACAGGCUUCAACGCAUCAAAUUACAGAGAGAUCACGUACGAAUCCAUUCCUUUAGACAAACAUGGGAACAUCAUGGAUUACUUGAAUAUGAAUAUAUUUUUGGCACAUAUUUUCCUUUACUACAUGGGAACCGUAACCACGGAAAUGGCUUUGAAUACAACUGGAGCUCAAGCUCUGAUAAAGUCAGAAGAGAAGUUCGAUAUUAUCGUGAUGGAGCAAUUCUUCAAUGAGGCUUUCCUCGCCUAUGUCCAUAAGUUCAAAUGUCCCUUUGUCUUAAUCAGCGCAUUUGGACCCACAGCUACAAUCAAUGGAAUCUUUGGAAAUUCAGCACCAUACAGCUAUGUGCCGUCUGAAUUUUUACCAUUUGGAGACAGAAUGACGUUUUUUGAAAGACUUGAAAACACUAUCGCGAAUUUAUAUUUUGACGGUAGUAGAAAAUAUUACUACAUGCCCCAACAGCAGGCACUUGCGAACAAAUAUUUAUCAGAUACUGGAAAGGAAGUUCCGUCAUUAGAAGAAAUCGAGAGCCAAGCGGAUUUAAUUCUCCUGAAUUCUCACCACAUAUUUUCUACCCCACGGCCAUAUAUGGAAAAUAUGAAAAACGUCGCCGGAAUGCACCUGAAGCCAUCAAAACCGCUGCCUUUGGACUUGCAACAAUACAUGAACUCCUCGAAAAACGGAGUGAUUCUGUUUAGCUUGGGCUCGGCAAUGCAAAGUAUACUUAUGCCAGAUGACAAGAUCAAGGCACUAAAGGGAGCUUUCGAAAGACUUCCUUACGACGUUUUGUGGAAAUGGGAAAAUGACACCAUGGAGAACAAGCCGAAAAAUGUUCGGAUAGGAAAAUGGCUUCCGCAAAGUGACAUACUCACGCAUCCCAAUCUCAAACUCUUUGUUACUCACGGCGGGAUAUCGAGUUUAAUGGAAACGGUUUACCAUGAAGUACCCAUCGUUGGUAUACCUCUCUUCGGAGAUCAAAGGCGCAACAUUAAAAUUGCAGAGUCAAAAGGAUACGCCGAUUUUGUGGAUAUUCUAACUUUGACGGAAAACCAAGUCUACAAUGCCAUAAUGAAUGUUGCAACAAAUCCAAAAUACCGAGAUAACGUGAAAAAGGUAUCAGCCUACUGGAAGGGUGAAAUGAAUCAUCCUUUGGAUGUAGCGGUGCAUUGGGUAGAAUACGUUCUCAAAAACGGAGGCGCGAAGCUCCUUAAAGCAACUGUAACUGAGCAAAAUUUUAUCCAGUAUUUUUUGCUCGAUGUAGGAUUUGCAAUCUUGCUAUUACUGAUCUUGACGUGCAUUUUAAUACGCAAGACGUUCAGAUUGUUGUGUAGAAAAUCUAGGCCCAAGAUGACCUCAAAAAAAAAUAACUAGUUUCGGUAUCUAACAAUAAAAAGCCAAAAUAAAAAUCAGACGAAAUGCAGUGAUAUUUUUUGAUUAUCAAUAGAUGUAUGAAUUAAUGAAUAGACGGUGUAGUUAACUUAUAGUCCUCAUUUCAUACAAGUUCGAUAAUAUAUGUAAUUAUCAAACCAGUAUUGCUUAUUAUAACUCUUACGCCAGUGUUAGGCGAUCUAUCAAGUAAAGCAAGGUCGGUGAUAUAGAUUACCUUUUUGCGACCCACGGAUAUUAAGUCAAGGUUAUUCUUCAUUGUGACAACACGUGUAUGGCAUGAAUACGCUAAAGGUGAGGUCUUUGUUCUUUGAUCUCACUGUCAGGAGAUCACACUGAAUUUUCAGCAACAGAAUGCAAAAUUCUUUACUCAUGUUAAAACUGUCUGCAGAGUGAGUAUUUUCUAAUUAUAUUACAUCGAGGAAGAUAAGAUGAUUAAAUUUCUGCCCAGCAGAUGACAAAUUUGUCAGAGUUCGUGAUGACACAAAUAUGCGGUAUCCAAGAUAAUAACGGUAAACUUUUCAUACUUCCAUCAUUACAUCCUAAAUUAUAAAUAUUUGCCUAAUCAAAA